AUGUAUUCCAGCCGAGACGCGUCAAAAGUCUCCAUUCCCAUCGACGGCCACACAGUCGACUUCUCGGCCGUUCUGCUCCGUGACUCGUGCCAAUGCCCUCGAUGCGUCCAUGAGUCCACGAACCAGCGGUUGUUUUCUGUCGCUGACAUCCCUUCCAACAUCAAACCUCGCACGGUCCAAGUUGACGCUGCUUCGGACUCUGUCAAUAUCACAUGGCAAAAUGACGCUGCUGGUUACAUGGCGGACCAUACGACGAAGCUAGCCCUCGAUGCAUUGCGCAACUUCAAGAGCUCUGGUGCACCUUCUGGCUCCCGUCGAGAAUCCUUCAUACCUCACGCCCUGUGGUCCUUGGAGCCCUUGAAUCUGCAGGACUACGACUACAAUACGUACAUGGUGGACGAUGAAGCCCUGUACGCUCUCAUGAAGCAGUUACGUACGAGCGGCUUGGCUUUCGUGAAGAACUCUCCUGGCCUCGAGGCGACUCUAGCUACUAUUGCGACUCGCAUCGGACCUAUCAAAGACACAUUCUACGGAUACACUUGGGAUGUUCGCACCGUUCCGGCCGCCAUCAACGCUGCAUACACGUCCGGCGACCUGGGUUUCCACACGGAUCUUCUCUACUUCGCCCAGCCGCCACAUAUUCAGCUUCUUCACUGUAUCCAAUCGGCUUCCACCGGCGGUGCAAGUGUAUUUGCAGACGCUUACAAAGCGGCGGUUGACCUAUUCCACGAGGACAUUGAUGCGUUUGAGACCCUCACGACUGUUCCCGUCAACUAUCACUACAACCACCCCAACUCCAACGUGUACCGAACAACCAAGCCAGUCAUUGGUCUGCGUCCCCUGCGCAUUGGCCACAGUACAUAUACAGACUUGCGGACAUACAUCAGGGACAGGAAGGCGCUUGGUGCCGCUGGCGGCGGACCAGAGUCAACCCAAGACAUCUUGGUGGACUGUUUGGACAAGAUCAACUGGGGCCCUCCAUUCCUGGCGCCGUUCUCCCUCCAUGAGCACGCUAUGGAACAGGACGAUAAUAUUGGCCAAGAUGCUUUGCCCGUGCUAAACAGCAAGGUCGAAAGGUGGCAUGGGGCUGCGCAGAAAUUCAACGCUCUGUUACAGCGACCGGAGUACCUGUAUGAACGGAAGAUGGGCCCCGGGGAUUGUGUCUUGUUUGACAACACAAGGACGCUGCACUCCAGGAGAGCCUUUGACGGGGCUGACAUCGGGAAGCCAAGGUGGUUGAGGGGCACCUAUGUUGACAAGGAUCCUUUCUAUAGCAAGUUGCGUGUGCUGCGAAACAAGUUCGGGGACGCCUAG